AUGAAAACCACUUCAGACGAGAAGCCAGAUGUUGAACACAUAGAGUCUGUGAGCCAAGACUCCAGAAACGUGGACUCUUUGACCCAAGAGUCAGAUGAAGAUUUUUCCGACAUCGAUGAAGCCAAGUUGCGGCACAAGAUCGACAUCAGAAUUAUCCCCUUGUUCACUAUUCUUUACCUCUUGUCAUUCUUGGACAGAGGAAACAUUGGUAACGCCAAAAUUGAAGGUCUUGCUGAAGACUUGAAACUUCGUGGUAACGAAUACAACUUGUGUUUGACCAUUUUCUUCAUUUUUUAUGCGCUGAUGGAAGUGCCUAGCAACACUAUUUUGCACCAUGUCCUGCCUCGCGUAUUUAUUCCUUUAACUAUGGUUCUUUGGUCUAUUGUCAUGACCUUAAUGGGUACCGUUCGCAAUUACCACCAGCUUUUGGCUACACGUGCUCUUUUGGGACUCUUUGAAGCAUCUCUCUUCCCGGGAAUUUCUUACAUCUUGUCCAUGUACUAUAAGAAAAAUGAAGUGCUUGUGCGCCAGGCCAUUUUCUUUAGUGCUGCUUCCAUGGCUGGUGCCUUUUCGGGUGUUUUAGCUGCAGCAAUUUCCAAGAUGGAUGGAGUAGGAGGCUAUGAAGGCUGGAGAUGGAUCUUUAUUUUGGAAGGUUUGCUCACUUUCGUAGUAGCAGUCGUUUCGUUCUUUUAUUUCCCACAAUAUCCAGGGGAAUGUUACUUUUUAACCGAGCGUGAACGGAAAUUUGCUGUUUGGAGAACAAAGCAUUCGGGCAAUGAAACUCAGCGCUCGGUUGUCAAGACGGAUGAGAACGAUGUUGGCGAGACUUUGGGCGAGCAGAAAUUGGCCGAACGCUACUUGGGUGAGGAUCAUGAACACAAGAAAAAAUACUUCUGGGCUGUUUUCAAAGAUUGGCAUUCCUAUGCUAUGCUUUGCGUUUACUGGGGAGUUUGUGUUCCUCUUUACGCUAUUUCUCUCUUCACGCCCACUAUCAUUCGUACGUUGGGCUACACCUCCACCAAAGCACAGCUCAUGUCUGCUCCUAUUUAUGUUGUGGCAGCUGUUUUCAGUAUUGCUCAAGCUUUUUGGUCAAACCGCAAUGGUUACCGCUCGCCAUUCUUAAUCUUCAAUUUCUUGUGCAUGGCUGUUGGAUACACGAUUGCACUUGCUAUCGACCCAAGGAAGAAUCCUCACGCAGUUUAUGCUGGACUUUACAUUGCUGCCUUAGGAAUAUACCCAGCUAUUCCAAUGACCAUCAUCUGGUUCUCGAACAACUUGUCAGGGUCUUACAAAAGGGCUGUGGGUAUCGGGUUCCAAAUUGGUUUCGGAAAUUUCCUGGGUGCUUUUGCUUCCAACUUUUACAGAACGCAAGAUUCUCCUCGUUACCAAUUGGGCCAUGCCCUUGUGUUGGGAUUCGUUUUGAUGGGCUUAUUUUUUAUUAUGUCACUCAUAGUCGGGUACUCGCUCUCUAACAGGAAGAAGAGAAGAGACUUGGCUACCGGCGUCUACGACUCUUAUUCUGAUGAGGUUCUUAUGGAAAUGGGUGACAAAAAUCCAUACUUCACUUACCGUUUGUAG